AUGGUGUUGGUGGCAUUUCAGGAUCAUGAAUGGAGACAAGUGAUAACUGCUGCUGGAUCUGGAUGUGUUGCUGCUUUAUCAGUUGAGAGAUAUCUAGUUUCCAAAGAUCUCCUUGUUGAAUUCCACCGUGUAAAUCUGUCACUUCCUGUCAUAGAGUUUGCACCAUCAUUUCAUGUUCAUAAUCCUGUAGCUGAAGAGGUAAAAAAGAAAGAAAUUUCAGACGCAGACAUAGGAAUGGGCUUUGACAUAGCGCAUACAAAGCACAAGGGCCAGUAUGCACUUCGGAAAUUGUACCAUGAAGGCCCAAGGCUACUAUGUGUUCUGUACACUGCACCAACAUGUGGUCCUUGCAGGACUUUAAAACCAAUUUUAGACAAGGUAGUAGAUGAAUUUGAUCAGAAUGUACACUUUAUUGAAAUUGACAUUGAGGAAGAUCCUGAAAUUGUGGAAGCAGCAGGAAUUAUGGGAACACCUUGUGUGCAAUUUUUCAAACAUAAGGAAAUGCUCAAGACUGUAUCUGGCGUGAAAAUGAAGAACAAAUACAGAGAAAUUGUUGAGGCAAAUAAAUGA